CACACAGGCAGGCAAGAACAGUAACAAUGCAUAAGAGUUGGCUUCUAAUAAAGGUAGUGCAUCUCGCUGUGUCAUAGAUGCUACAAAUUGUCACAUAGACUUUUUCGUAAGGAAAACAAAUCACACGUUUUGCAAACAUUUUAAUACGCUGACCCCGCAACUGAAGAGCAAAAAAAGGUGUUAAACGCAAAAAAAAAAAAAUCAUUAUUUGUAAAACACAAGGCGCGCAAAGCAAUAUGUUUGGCAAUCAUUUAACUAACCCUUUCUAAAGAUGUGAUAAAUGUUUUUCUCCAUUAACGAUGUGUUGUGUGAAGCUGUUAUUCUCCAUAAUAGAAAACAACAAAGGCUUUCAAUUUUCAGAAAUGGCGAAAGGGAAAUAUAAGCAUGUAAAUAUCUAGUUGGGGUGAGUUGUGCGUUUCAUUUGUUGGGAAUACUUUACAUUUUCAGACUGCAGUUUAUAGAAAUAUACCUUUUUUUUUUUAUUUCACAAAGCGAAAAGCCAUACGCCUCUAAUUUCAUGUUAACUGGGUACAUUUUUUAAACGUGGCUCUUUGUAUAAUGUCAGAACGCAGUCGGUAAAUUGAUAUCUAUCACUUAAAAUCUCACUUAUUAGUGGUUUGCUCUGGUUACAACAAUAGGUAUUGUUAUAUGUUGAAAAGAUAAUUAGUGUUUACUGUCUACAUAGAAUUGGACAAGGUAGAACUACGAACUAAUAAGGCCCUGCGUGGCUUUCUAUCGUAUCUGUAUGGCAUGUGAGUGUGUGUGUUCGCAUGUUUAUUGGGUAUAUUUAUCUAUUUAUAGAUGUAUAAUAAUAUACACACAUACACCUCCAUUUAGAUCAUCGCAUGUGGCACUGUAUGGUGGAAAUGUUCUUUAUUUUACUAAUGGGAGUGUGGAAACAAAGAAGAUGGUCAGUUAUGGGUACAUAUAUGAAGUAAAGGGUCAUACUAUGAAAUAAUGCACAUGAAGACAUUAAUUCUCCAAACUGCAUUUUUAUGGAAUACCAGCUAUUUUACAUAUACGAGGCAAACCUAUUGUAGAGCUUUAUUAGCGCAGCUAAUUAUAAACAAUUAACAGAAUAAAAUAAUUGUCCUAAGUAGUAUUCCAUGGCAGAAUAAAUAGGUGCAAAAUGGAAAUAGAUUUUGAUUCCCAUUCCCGACUUUUACUGUUUGGAGUUUUUAACGCGUAAAAUCGUUUUCUUGUACCGUUGGCUGUUCUGUUACUGUGAUUAUAAAUAAGACGGAAAAAAAUAAAUAAGACAAGCAGAUUUAGUUUCAUCUUAGGUGCCUUCUGAAGUUUGAAGCCUUGAUUUUGUCCUGCUAAGCCUGGCUUAUCUUAAGGUCCAUACCUCCACGGCGUUGAACUUGAUUUAUUUCUUGGUUGACAUAAAAAAUAUCUACAAGAAGGCAAUUAGUUAUAGCAAAGGAGUCUGUUAAUUACUUUCUUUCUAAGAAUAUCCCCUGUAUGUAGCACGAAUAGUAUACAGAUGUAAUGGCUCUGUACUUAAGAUGGAUUUUUACAAAUGUUUGAAGACUUAGUGACCCCCAAAACCUGCAUUGCCCCUAGCAAUUGUAUUUGAUCUCUUCAGUAAAGAUUUGUAGUGUGUGCCCCUCAAAGUUGACGCAUUAGGUGGGAAAAUGAGAGUCAACUUAUUUCUAGUGAGUGCAAAUCCCCCUGACAGGGGGGGAACAAAAAUCUAGAAAGCAGAGACCAAAUUGCAAACUUCAAAAGCCCCCCCUCUCCACUUUACCCCCUCCCAGCCACCCCUUAAAAUGAUCCUUACACUGCUUUUUCUUCUCAAUGCUCACAAAGGGGAGUGCCUAAAAGAGAGAGAGAGAAAAAAAAUUGAAUACAAAUCUGCAAUUGAUUUUCAUAAUGUUUCUGCGGUGUUUGAAAACCAAUCGUUUUUGAACCUCUCUCAGAUCUUACCUAAGUGAACCCUCCUACGCCUCUAAGUGCUCCAGGACUGAUAUAUGGCAAAUAUCUACUUGGGCUUCAUCACGUGCUCCUGGGGAGAGACUAAGACGGACAGCGCGUCAUCCAGCCAUCCCAAAUUUUUCCCCCUCUGCAGAUCGCCUCCAAAACAUCUAUCUAUAGAGCCAGAAAGGGAGAAAGAUGUUUAACUCGGUUAACCUGAGCAACUUUUGUUCGCAAUCGCGCAAAGAGAGGAGUGCUGAAUUUGGAGACCGGACAGGCUGCGCUUCCAACCUGUACCUCCCCAGCUGCACCUACUAUGUGCCUGAAUUUUCUACUGUAUCCUCUUUCCUGCCCCAGGCCCCUUCUCGCCAGAUCUCUUAUCCGUAUUCCACCAACCUUUCCCAGCCAGUGCGAGAGGUUUCCUAUGGUCUAGACCCCUCCAGUAAAUGGCACCCUAGAAGCAACUACGCCUCCUGCUACCCUGCAGCUGAGGAUCUGAUGCACAGAGAGUGCCUCCCUCCUUCUUCUAGCAUGACCGAAAUGCUAAUGAAAAACGAAAGCGUGUACAGCCAUCACCACCACCAUCACCAUCACCACCAUCCCAGCUCCAACCACCCUACAACCGGCUUCUACUCCAGUAUGAGCAAAAACAGUGUUCUGCCCCAAGGAUUUGAUCGUUUCUUUGACAAUGCUUACAGUGGAGCAGACAGCCAGGGAGAGGACUGUGUUCCUAAGAGCGAUGGCAAGAUGGACAAUGACCCCCAAACCGGCGCUCUGUCAUCCGGAGCCGAGCAGGGGCUAGACCCGGAAGACGAAGAGGAAAAUACAAACCCGGGCUCUUCAGCCUCAUCCUCUUCUGUCACCAACAAGGAAGGAAACAAGAGCAGCAAUUCCAGUGCUCCUCGUACAAGGAAGAAGCGGUGUCCCUACUCUAAGUUCCAGAUCCGAGAAUUGGAGAGGGAGUUUUUCUUCAAUGUGUAUAUUAACAAAGAGAAGAGGCUUCAGUUGUCCAGAAUGCUGAAUCUCACUGACCGCCAGGUUAAAAUUUGGUUUCAGAACAGAAGGAUGAAAGAAAAAAAACUUAGCAGGGACCGACUGCAGUACUUUUCCGGGAACCCAUUGCUGUGAACUUGCUCUUAUUUUUUUUUUUUUUUGUGUGUGUAAAACCAUGUACUGUACUUGUGGAGAGUGGAUCUUACAGCAUGGCUUGUCCUCUCUGAGUCCUCAAUCAUGCUCAGAGUCUGAGCCUUCUCUCUUCCCAUGUUUCUAUAUGAACAUUACCAGGUAACAAAGGUACCUUUUGUCACUUGGUGUUAAUGAAACAAUUUACAGACAGAAAUUGACUUCUUUUUUUUUUUUUUUUUUUAAUUUAAUGUCGAAGAAGUGGAUUUCAGCAGAGCUUGAUCAUCCCAGUUAAAAUCUACAGCUGUGAAAACAAUGCAUUGUUUUUAGAGCCAAAAGGGACUCGCCAAUCACAAUGAAGAUAAUGGCCAAAGUUUCUAUGAUUAAUGAAUACUGCGUGUGUGUGUGUGAGUGUGUGUGUGUGUGUGUGUGUGAGUGUGUGUAUGAGUGUGUGAGUGUAAACUUGUAAUUACAUUUCCUCUCUGUUACUAUACGUUGCCUGUAGCUCUCAGCAUCCAAACACAUUAUUCUAUUUAAUAUCAAUGCUAUGUAUAUUUUAUAUGUACAAAGUGCAGCUACAUAUGUGAAAAGGGUGCUGAUACAGUUGGGUGUUCAAAGCAAACACAUCAAACAACAAGCUUGUGUGUGUGUGUAAUAUAUAUAUAUAUAUACAUAUAUAUAUAUAUAUAUAUAUAUAUACAUAUAUAUAUAUAUAUAUUUACACACAUGUGUGCAUGUGUAUUUAUGUAUUUUUACAUUGCAUUGGUAUGUGAGUUGUAAUAUGUUUUACACUUACUUCCCCUUUAACAAGAUGUUUAAUUUCCGUCGUUAUUGUUAUUUGCAAUCUCCUAUCAAUGGCUCAUCGGGGUCCCAGUAUUAUUAUGGGAGGUGCUUCGAGAUCUGUAAAUAUCCCCAUUUAAUCAGAAGACAAAGCAGGGCGAGCCCGGUGGAUGGAUGAUGAGUGCAAUACAGUGGCAAUACUAACUGACUAGAUGCCAUUCUACUCUUUCAUAAUUUGUUUGGCCCAAAGAAUGUUACUGUACUAGGUGUCCUCCUGCCAUUUUUGCUGGCUGUAAUUCGUCAUAUUUCAUCGUUACAGGGCAACAACAAAGUAAUUAUACAAAGGAAUUAAUACAAUUUUUUUUUGUUGCUGUUGUUUGAGCAUAGACUUGUAAAGCCCUUUUGUUUAGCAUUUCAUUAGAAUCCCGGCAAUGGUAUACACAUAAGCACAAUUAAUUCGUUUAUGAUAGGAUAAUAACCAUAUAGAUAAAUUAUGGAUCCGAAUCCUCCCAUAGUUCAAACUGUUAACGAAUAAAGACGUCCACAUAUCAGCAAACGUUUCAUGCAUGUAUCUUUCUGUAUUAAUAAAUAAACAAGCCCUCUUUAUUAUU